UUUGAAGCCCAUCAUCGGUACUUGGCAGUAGCAUGGCGACGACGGACUGGCGACUAACUCCGCAGAACGUGGUCACGACCGAUGGCGCCUGCGACGGCGUCAAGUGGCCCGCGCUCGUCUUCGCUUCGUACCAGGCCGCCAACGAGUGGCUCAUCGACAUCGAGCACCUCCGGCGGCUCAAGCCAGCGACCGACGUCGAAGACCGCGUCGUCUUCUACUUUGGACGGACGAGCCUGGCGCCCAACGACACUACACAGGUCGCGCUUUUACCGGCCAAGACGCUUGACGCGUCGCCGUGGUCGGCCGACGACAACUUGAGCGACGACCCCAUGUACACACACGCUAUGGCCGUCGCAAGACAGUUUGCGGCCGCGCCCACGAAGCUCAAGGCGUGCGAGAUUGUCUUCAACUCGUCGUUGGACAAUGGCGUUGUGCCAGAGAGCCACGGCCUCGUGUCGCCCGGCGUCCACAUCGCCGACGACGAGCGCGAGUGGAGCCAGCUCUUCGAGUCGAUUUGGGACAUCCUCGAGGCCGACGGGUGGAGCCUCAUCACGAUUUCGGGCGACCUCAUCUACGCCAUGCCCGGCGUCGCGUUCAACAACUUUAUGCCCGGCGUCACAGUCUACACGUCCAAGAAGGAGGCCUUCAAGAAGGCGCUCGACGAAUAUACGGCGGCCGAGCCGUCCGCUUCGACCGAGAGCCUCUGGAGCGUCAUCUGGGACUACAUGGAGACGCACAAGCAGUGGAAGUCGUUCAAGAUGCGCAACAACGACGUCAUGUACCACGUGCCCGGCAUCAGCGUCAUGGACCUUGUCCAGAACGUCAACUUUUUCAUGAACAAAAAGGACGCCGUGCUCAAGUUUACGAGCGAGCGCAAGAGCUUGGUCAAGAAGCGCAAGUCGCCGGACGGCGUCGAAGACGUGCCCCUCGCCGCGCCGUCGCCGCCCGUCGUCGUUGCGGCCGAGGCAAGCGUGGUGGCGCCCAAGCCGACGACUACGUCGGCGCUCCAGCCCGUUGCCCGGACCAAAAAGACAAAGAAGCGCGCGUUGAACGAGACAAGCGACAAGGAGAACAGCGACGUCAACAGCCGGUCGUCGACCUCGCACCGCCGGCGCUUUGGCGACGCCGAGUUUCCGUUUGCGCGUCUCUACAGCGUCCUCAAGGAGUUUGGCUGGACGUACGUCGCCAGCACCUUUGGCUACAAGUACGUGGUGCCCGGGCGUGACGCCAAGGGCGUCGAAGGCGUCGACCACUUUCCCACCGAAGAGGCCGUCAUCGAGUUUCUUCAGAACAAGGGCCUGCUCCACGCGAUCCAAGCGCAUCUGCGCGGUGGUCCGAUGCCAACGCUGGAUUUCAAUGCACCCACCGGUGUCCAGCCGCCGACAGCCAAGCCGGCAGCGACCAAGCCGGCAGUGACCAAGCCUGUCGAGCCCAAGCCCAAGACUGUCAAGCCCACGAAGCAGCGCCUCUCGUUCUCGGGCGUUGAGAACACGCCUGUCGCAGCGCCGGACGCCAAGAAGAAGGCCAAGGCGGUGGUCAUCUCGGCCGAAGACGACGACACGUCCCCGAUCAAGACGACGGUCACCAAGAAGGCAGUUGGCAACACUGCCAAGCUCAAGAAGCCCAAGGCAGUUGAAGGUGAGGCGGCCAAGCCCAAGAAGGUGGCAGAUACUGCCAAGCCCAAGAAGACAACCGAGGCAGAUACUGCCAAGCCCAAGAAGACGGCGAGCCGCAAGCUGACCAUCUCGACCAAGGCGGCGGCCAAGGCCAAGGAGGUCUGUGCCGUGUCGCCGCCUCGCCGCGCAACGGGCUUCAAGUGCAGCUUUGGGCUUGUCUACCGCGUGCUGCAGAGCCGGGGCUACACGCACAAAACCGGUCCGAUGGGCUAUUCGUACUUUGCCCCCGGCAAGACCGAGGCCAACGGCGAGCUCAACGUCGACUACUGGCACAACGAAGUGGACCUCGAGCUCUUCCUCAAACGCACGGGCGAGUGGGCGCGCAUCUCGCGCAUCCUCGAGCGCUCCUACAACGGGUACUCGACGACUGAGAGUUCGCCGGAAGGCACGGCGGCGGCGUCCGAGGCGGGCACGCCGGCGCCGACGUCGCCCGUCCCCCGCUUCAACAUGCCGUUGACGGACGCCGCGGCCGCGUCCGGGCUCUUCUCGCCCGAUCGGUGCAACGACGCCGACGACGAAGACAUGGCCGUCGAGUCGUCGCCCGAAGCCAAAGCCGUAAAGCCGGUCCUUCUGCGCCAAAAGCCGCAGCCGAAGGUCAAUGCCAAGAAGGCCGUACCGGUCAAGUCGUCGGUGACGAUUCCUCCGUUCGAGAUGAAGUUUGGUCGGCUCUUUAGCCUGCUCCAGAAGCGCGGGUGGCGCUACAAGAACGGCCUCCUCGGGUACGAGUACGCCGAGUACAAGGACCGGAAGGAGCUGCGCUCGUUCCACUCAGAAGACGACCUGAUCGCGUACCUCAAAGCGACUAAGCAGUACCCUGAUCUCGAAAAGGAGCUCCAGAAGGAGCACCGGCGUCGGUACAUCUACGAGUCGUCGACCGAGGGCGGGUCGGCCUCGGAGGCGCUGGUGCUGCCGUCGACGUCCGAGGACGAGACGGCGGAUGCGACGUACUCGUUUGCCAACAUUUGGCCCGUGCUCAAGGCGCGCGGGUGGACCGAGCGCAAGCCCAACACGAUGGAGGACACGGCGUACACGUACUGCAACCCGCGCGGAAAGGUAUACAACAAGUCGGGUGUGGUGACGUACGCCAAGCUCGUCAAGGUCCUCGACGACGCCAAGGAAGACGACGAGAGCGAGAACAGCGACUCGGACUCGUCCAGCGACGACGAUGACAGCGAGCCUAGUGAGGCAAGCGACCCCAGCGACGACGACGACGACGGCAAGCCGACGCAAGACGACGAGACGGAGACGGAGACGGAGGUCGUCAUCCACAAGACGCCGUCGACCAAGGCCAUUGUGUUUGACACGCAGACGCCUGUGCUCCUAGACGUCGCGUCGUCGAGCGAAGAGGAGAAGACGCCAACGACGACGUCGACACCAACGCUGACGUGGCAGCCGCCGGCUGACGAGGCGACGCAGGUGCUUACGUCGCCAGUCUCGUCGCCAGCCAAGAGUGCCGCGUCGUCGCCAGCCAAGAGCGCUGCGUCAUCGCCGGCCAAGAGUGUGGGCUCGCCCGAGAAGGGCCCGUCGCUCGUGGAGCAAGAAGUGUCGCGUGUGCUCGAAAACCUCAGCCUCGCGCACCGCCCGGACGCGAUGCCGCACCGCGCCAAGCAGCAAAAGAUGCUCCACGACUUUGUCCGCCGCUGCGUGCAUCAAAAGCAACGCGGCAGCGCGUACGUCUCGGGCACGCCGGGCACAGGCAAGACCGCGCUCCUCCGCAUCAUGCAGGAGCAGAUCACAAAGGAGUGGUCGAGUGCGCACCAGGCGACGCCGCUCUCUGUCCUCAACCUCAACGCGAUGGCGCUCAGCGACAGCAACGGCGUCUUUACGACGAUCGCGCGCAAGAUGACCAAGCGGUCGUUCACGUCCACGGCGGACGCCAUUGCCGCUCUCGAGAUCGCGUUCCAGAGCACCACCGAGACGACGUUGCUGAUCCUCGACGAAAUCGACGUGUUGCUCAACGGCAAGGGCGAGAGCGACCUCUACCGUCUCUUUGAGUGGGCGCACCGCCCGUCGUCGUCGCUCAUUUUCAUUGGCAUCGCCAACUCGAUCGACCUCACCAACAAGUACAUUCCGUAUCUGCGCACGCGGUUGUGCAUCCCGGUGGUCGUCAUGUUCCGGCCGUACGACUACGACGCGAUCCACAGCAUCCUCGAGGCGCGCAUCGUGCGCGACAGCCUCUUGCCCAAGGCGCUCUUUGAACCCGUCGCGCUCUCAUUCCUCGCGCGCAAGAUUGCGCAGCUCAACGGCGACAUUCGCACGGCGUUUGACAUUUGCCGGCGCGUCCUCAACCAAAAGGCCGAGAAGGAGAGUACGGGCAAGAGCUUUGCGGUCUCGCUCAUGGAGAUGUCGGCGACGCUCAAGCUUGUGGUCGACUUCCAAGGCUCCAAAGUGCUACAGACGCUGCCGCGCAACACGCAGUUCAUCGUGUACGCGACGACCAAGAUGCACCCGCGCGUCGCCAACGUCUACUCGAUCCACGAGACGUACGACAAGUUUUGCGAACUGAGUCGAUUGGCCGGCACGUCGGCGGCGUCGAUCAUGACGCUGCGCGAGUUUUACACGCAGCUUGAUACGCUGUCGUCGCAGAACCUGCUGACGCUCAACGUCAAGAAGGAGUCGUUCCGGCUCUUCAUGACGAAAGAAGAAAACGAAAAGAGCUUGGGCGUCGACCCGUACUUCAAGGCGCUUCUGCGGACGUCGUCGUCCAUGUCUCCGUAGUCGUCAUGUGUCUUUGGACCUUAGUAGACCCUCUUAUUUUAUCCCUUUGACAUCGAUACGAUGCUGUGCUCUCUGCCA